GCCGAUAUCAACGUGCCCAUCGAGCACAUCACGUGGCCUCGCGUCGUGCUGUCGUCGGACGGCUGGAUCUGCGCGAGACACUGCAAGGCACCCCACAGCCAGUCAUGCUCGCGAUGCCGUGCCAGGAACACGCACAAUGCCGCCUGGAGGGAACUAGGCAGCAAGUCCAUGUCGCUGGAUCGUAGUCGUUGCCGGAGCAGCUCACGAUCACCCGCACGCCGCGUCGGCUCGAUAGAUGCCGCCACCAGUCCAUCCAUCGCCAGCGCCAUCGCCGCCGCCGCCGCCGCCAGCAACGGCUACACGCGGCGCGCCCUGGUGAGCUUCCGGGAGCGGCUGCAGUGCAGUCUGACGAUGCUCAACCUGUAUGGCGGUGGCGCUACCGUGCGGUGGAAAGUGUGCGCGGACUCCGUCAAGAAGAAUCCUGGAAAGCCGUGGGUUGCGCUGAAAGCGGGUCAGCAGCUGGAGGUGUACGACAUGGAGCGCAAAGUGCUCGUCUCGAAACACAAGACAAGCUUUCCUGUGAUAUUCUGGACCUGGAUCGGCGCGAGCGUCAUCGCACUCGUGUCGGACGACGCCGUCUACCACUGGGACCUCGCGCACGGCUCCGACGCAUCGUCGGCGCAGCGGCGACUGUUCGCGCGUCACAGCCGACUGGACAACGCCGAGAUCGUCAGCUACGUGGCGGACGACGCGCACCGGUGGUGCGCCCUGCUGGGACUCAUCGAAAACGACGGCGCGGUGCAGGGCGUGGUGCAGCUAUACUCCACCGACGAGAGACUCAGUCAACCGAUCGAUGCCCACGCCGUCUCCUUCGCAACGUACACGUUUGACGGCAAUGCACAUCCGUCUACGCUGCUGUGCGUCGCCCUGCGUGCCUGCGGCCGGUCGGGGAAGGUACAUGUCGUGGAGCUGGGACCGCAUGUGAAGGGAAACGGCGCUCUCACCACCUACUCAGAAACGAUCAAGUUCACCGCCAACACGUCCAAGUAUGACUUCCCCAUCGCGACAGAGGUGAGCAGCAGUCAGCGUCUCGUCUACAUCGUCACAAAGUACGGCCACCUGUUCCUGUGUGAGCUGGAGACAGGAAUGUUCCUGUGCCAAAUACAGAUGUCGCGUGACGUCAUCUUUGCCACGCUGCUCAACAGCGAGACUCAGGGCGUGAUCGGCAUCAGUCGAAACGGACAGGUGUUGCUGGUAGAUGUAAAGAAAGAGGAGAUAGUCGAAUACAUCAAGAAGGUGCUGAAAAAACCAAAGAUCGCUUCAAGAAUGGAAACCUACAUUAACACGUAGAGUGUAACAUUAGAAGGUCAGCGAUCAUUCAUGGAACUGGUGUAGUGGAAGUUGAAGUACAAUCAAACGCCCACACGACGAAUGACCUAGUCUCCUUAAAUAUUCCCAACCAGGGGACUCUGGUGCUCAUUCUAGUUCACUCACAUAUCCCCCACCAGGGGACUCUGGUGCUUAGCCCAGUUGACUCACAUAUCUGCCACUAGAGGUCACUGAUGGAGUAUAUCAUGAAUGGAGAUCAUAUAGAGAAUAAAGAAGAAUAUAGAGAAUGAUGAAGUUUUCUUGAGAGAGAGAGAGAGAGCGGCGAGAGCGAGAGAAAUAGAGAAAUAGAGAGAGCGGGGGGGGGGGGGGGAGC